AUGAAUACAAUUAAUGAAUUUGAUAAUAUUAAUGAAAAUAAUAAUAAUGAAAAAGGAGAUUAUAUAAUAAAAUCUACUACAUUUGCUAAUAACGAAAAGAUGUUUGAAUGCCAUUCUAAGAUAGCACCUGUUGAUAAAAUUAACGUUAAUAAUGAAAAUAUUGAAAUAUUCAUAAAUAGUAAUAAUAUAACUAGUCAUAUAAAUAGCGUAAUGGGUUAUGUUAACAAUUUGUUUACUAAAAAAAUAAAUGAAAAAAAAGGAAAAUAA